AAUGGAUUGGUUUCAUUGCAACCAGUGUUUCCGAAAGGAUGGGGCCCAUUUCUUUGUCACCAGUUGUGGCCAUAUUUUCUGUAAAAAGUGUAUGACUCUGGAAAAAUGUGCUGUUUGUGGAAGUCAUUGCAAGCACCUGGCUCUUUCUGAUAAUUUAAAGCCUCAAGAGAAGAAGUUCUUCAAAAGUCCUGUAGAGACAGCUUUGCAGUGUUUUAGUCACAUCUCUCAGGUGUGGUGUUUCCAGAAGAAACAAACCGAUCUUCUUAUUGCCUUUUAUAAGGACAAAAUUACAAAAUUAGAGGCAGCUAUGAAGGAGGCCCAAGAAACAGUGGCCAGCCAGAACAAAGAGCUAUCAGUCUUGAGAAAGGAGAAUGGAGAACUGAAGAAAUUUCUAGCCAUCCUAAAGGGAUCUCCAAGCUGCUACUACGGAAGCAGAUUAACUACACCUCGACCAGUGGGCAUUACUUCCCCAUCACAAUCAGUUGCUCCACGACCCAGUUUCCAGCAUAGCGGCCAAGUGGUCAGUCGCUCUUCUUCUGUGGAGUCCAUCCCUUAUACACUGGCUGGCUUUGGUAAUAUAGAACAGGGAAGCAGAGGCCUGCAGGAAAGGAGCACUCCCAGAGACCCCUACACUGAAACCCCUUCACCAGCUUCAACUCGUAGCCUCUCUUACAGACCUUCACCUGCCUCCUCUGGACAGGGGGUUUCUUUUAGACCGUUCCUCAGUGGGGACUCAGGCCACACAAGAGUCCUUACUCCCAACAAUUCUGGUCAGAGGGAGAGCAGAGCCACACCAGAGAAUCUUCCUGGUUUCCAACUUCCGGUCCUACAGACAUUCUCCCAACAGAGGCAGAUGGGACUAGCCAGGAGAGAAGAAUGGAGCAUUUCCAGAUAGACAUCCAUCUUCCAGGUUUGAACUAUGCAUAAUGCUCAAGGAUGGACUUCAGUGUCCAGUACUCACCAGGGGACAUAGGCUUGGAAAAUGUGUACCUGCAGUUUCUUGGUUUCAUUCUGCAGCUUGUUCUCUUGAACUUUAUAUUCCUUUUUCUCUUCAAAACAUUAAA